GCAAGUGAGUGUUUUCUUGCCCCUCACUCCCUCUCCCAUUAUUCCUAUUCCCCAACACAAACACAACAACCAACAAAAGCCUCUUCCUUCCCCUUUUCCAAUUACACAUUUUGAACGUUUUCAAUCACUGGCCCAAAUAUAUCAUCCAACGGAUAUCAAGAAUCUCCCAUCUCCUUUGAACUGCUCAAUCCGUCUCCAUGGAACGAUCCGAACAUUUUCCCCCGCAAGCGCCGAGAAGAGCGGCCUCGGCGCCGCCGGGCUCCACCACCACCACCAGCGUCCACGUGACGGCGCUGGACGGGCUGGUGAACGUGAACUCGCUGUUCACGAUCGCGGUGUUCGUGGGCCUGUCGCUCACCGUGCCGGGGCAGAGGAGCCUGGAGGAGAGAUCGGCGUGCGACGCCGGGAUCGACGUGGUGAGGAAGCUUCUGGUCUUCGAAGUCGUCUCUUUCAGCUUCUUCCUCUUCUCCUCCCUGGUGGCGCAGGGCCUGAAGCUGGCGAUCAAUCUGCUCAACAGCAGAGACGUGGACGACGGGUUCAGGGCCCAUGUGAAUUCUAGGGUUUUGAGGCUCGGGAUGAUGGGCUCCGCCGCCGGAUCUGUGAUGGGCUGCCUGUUCCUGAUGCUUUCUAUGGUGGACGUGAUCCAGAUUCGGCUCGGGUUGCUCUCUUGCGGCAGUAGAUCGGCGGUGGGCGCUGUGGCGGCGCUGGUUGUUCUCGUCACCUCCGGCCUUCUUCUCUACGUCUCCACCGCCGUCUAUGCUUUUCUGCACUAAUUCAUUCAUUCGUUCCAAUUCCAUCCAGAACCAACUUGGAGAGCACAUGGGUCAACCCACUUGCACUUUUUGUGCACUUUGUCUUUUUUUUCUUGUUGUGAAAUCAUUAUUGCUAACAUUUAAAAAAAGGAUAAAGCUAUAUGUUCCCC